AUGGAUUGGAAAGAAUUUUAUGCACGUUUAACACAUCCAGAACAUGAAAUAAAAAAUUACUUAAUUGAUAACAUCCAUAAAAUUUGCCCGGGGUUUGAAUACCUUGUGGAUUUCGAAUGGGAAAUUGAAGAGGGUCAUCUUAACAAAGGAAAAGGAGAUUUAAUUUUUGGAUCAGAUUACAAAACUUAUUUGACAAUUGAAACUAAAUUUCUUCAUACAGGAAGUGGCAAGACUGCUCAAGUUUCUAGACAUAAUGCUAGACGUAGGGUUAAAGAGCAAGCUGAAAGAUAUAACGAAUUUGCUACUAAAAGAUUUGGACUAGAAGUUGUUGAUGUGAUUGGAGCUACAUUCACCAAUGAAGAUUAUCGAAUUCAUUUUCUUGAUGAUUAUGAUAAAAGAAUUGCCAGAUCGGCUGCAAAAG